UGCUUCCGGUUUGGUCUUCCCAUAAUUCUCUUCUAACCUCCUUUCACAUCCGGCUUGAAGAGCACAAGGAUAGCAUGAUGAAGACCUUUCUAGUAUUGAGUGUAGUGUGUCUGUUUUCCUUUGUGAACUCAGAAGAUGGCAAACCAGCCAGGCUCCUGGCCUCUAAAACCAUUUUAAACCAGUACCUGGUAGAGGGGAAGGACCUGACAGUUGAAUACAAUAUUUACAAUGUAGGAGAAAGCACUGCAGUAGAUGUCCAGCUGGUAGACAUGGGUUUUCCACAAAGUGACUUUGAAACAGUAAGAGGUAGUCUCAGGGUCAAAUGGGAAAGAAUUGCACCAGGGACCAAUGUCUCCCAUGCAGCUAUCCUCAGUCCUCUCAAGCCAGGCUACUUCAACUUCACAGCAGCAGAGGUCAGGUAUCAGGGAAGUGAGGAAAACAGUGAAGUUCAGCUUACAUACACAACAGCUCCAGGAGAGGAAGGAAUUGUCAGUCGAAAGGAUUAUGAUAGAAAGUUUUCCCCACAUGUGAUUGAUUGGGUGACAUUUGCCAUCAUGACCCUGCCAUCAAUAGGAUUCCCAUUCAUGUUGUGGUACAGCAGCAAGUCCAAAUAUGACACUAAGCCCAAGAAGAACUAGACCCACCAUUUUAAUAUGCAAUGUUCAUAAUUCCAUAGAACAAUUUCAUUUUUUUUAUAAAACCAUGUCCACUAUGAUGUAAGAGAAAAAUAAACUUGAAAUACACAAAUCUGUUUGUAUUGUAUUUAUGAAAAAAAAAAAUCUUUGCAUUCACAUUUUCUUACAAUCAUUUAAUGUACUCUAUACAUUUCACAAAUCUCACAUGAUAGAAAAAUAAAGGAAAUAAGAACUUC